AUGCCAAUGGAGAAGCCGAUCCCUGCCUUCUACUGCUGCUAUCUGCUGCGCUCCAAAAACCGCAAGUCCUACUACAUCGGCAGCACCCCCAACCCUGCGCGUCGGCUAGGUCAGCACAAUGGCUCGAGCAAGGGCGGCGCGAAGCGGACAUCGCUGCAGGCGAAGCGGCCUUGGGAGAUGACCUGCAUCGUGACCGGCUUCCCGUCCAAAUACGCAGCUUUGCAGUUUGAAUGGGCAUGGCAAAAUACUCACGCGACUCGACAUAUCGACAGAGAUGUUCGCGACGCAAGAGUCGAAGAGCUGCAAAAGAAAAAGAAAGCCUCGCCAAGCAGGAGGAGGAAGCCACCCAUGUCGUUGGAGGCCCGGUUGAAGAACCUGCAUUACUUGUUGGGUGUCAGGAGCUUCAGCAGGUGGCCGUUGCACGCGAGGUUCUUUGCGCCGGACAUCUUUGCAACAUGGGAGAGGCAUACUGCGAAAAUGGCGCCAAAACUGCGAACAAGUAUAACCAUACAGCUCACACCUGCCGAUCUUCCCGCGCCGGUAACCGGCCCUUCCGCAGGAGAUUCAACAACAUUCAAGACACCCGACAUAAUUCGAGCAAUACCUGUGGCGUAUGAGGAGUGCAAGCCUCACGUUGAGAAAGCUAAAGCCUUGUGGUCCACUCUCAUGAAAGAGCUGAGUCUUCGCACACGUGGUCAAAAGGAGGUCGAGGCCAUGUUCAAACCUAAGCGGAGGAGGAAGGCAGACAGCACCUCUGAAUCGGAAGCUACUGAGCCACAAGAGCUAGGUGAAGAGGAUGAGGACUUGGACGAGACGUGGAUAGAAGACGUCGAUGACGGAGAAGGCGUUCCUGCGACCUGA